GCAACCUCCCAUAGAAGGCGGUCGUUAUCAGUGGAUCAUUAGUGGUCAAUUCUUUUCCGUCUCCCUUUGUUGCUGAUCUGUUUGUUUACAUUUGCUAAGUCUCUGUUUUGAAAAUGACUCUCAAUGUCGCCAAUUAUUUCGCUGGGUCUUUAUCAUCUUCAGGCGAAGACGAGAGACCACUGCUGGAAAGUAUGUCCCAAGGGGCGAGCACGGCUAAUUUGGUGGAAGGAGGCACCAAAUACCCCCAGUUUCUAGCUACAUUUAUAGCCACGAUUGGAGGUUUUUCGAUGGGAACAAUGCUUGCCUGGUCUUCUCCUGUUCAAGAGUGCAUCGAAAGUGGAAAGUAUGGAUUUCCUACUUCAGUGCUUGAGUUCUCCCUUAUUGGCGCUUUUCUCAGCAUCGGUGCGAUGGUGGGUGCUCUGGGCUGCAGUUCUGUGUGUAAUUACAUUGGAAGGAAGAAAACUAUGAUUUCGCUGGUGUGCCCUGCUGUUGUCGGUUCCGGGCUGAUACUCUGGGCACAAAAUCCGCCGAUGAUGAUGGCCGGACGUGUAAUUGUAGGCAUACCUGUCGGAGCUUACUCCAUGGUGUGCCCUCUCUACACCAAUGAAAUCAGCCAGAUUUCCAUCCGAGGCAUUUUGGGAAUAUUCUUUCAGCUCCAAGUCACAAUUGGAAUUUUAUUCGUGUACAUUUUAGGUUUGAUUAAAAACCCAUUUCUACUUACAUUAAUCAUCUCAGCAUUUCCCAUACUGCUGGCAGUUCUCAUGUGUUUCAUGCCAGAAACUCCUUACUAUCUGUUAAUGACAGGCAGGGAAAACGCUGCAAGAAACUCAUUGCAAUGGCUCCGUGGUGCAGACUACAAUAUCAACAGUGAAUUGACUAUGAUGAAAGAGAAUAUUGACAAGGCGAAGCAGGAAAGAUCGAGUUUUAGAAAAGCAUUUAUGACACGAGCAGCCAAAAGAGGACUAAUUAUUGGUAUUGGUGUUAUGUUUCUGCAGCAGUUCAGCGGUAUCAAUGCUGUCAUAUUUUAUACCAAUAGCAUUUUCAAGUCUGCUGGUUCAACAUUAGAUGAUUCGAUCUCUUCAAUUAUUGUGGGAUUCAUGAGUGUUGUCGCGACAGCAAUUGCAACUUUAUUUAUUGAAAGACUGGGAAGAAAACCUCUUAUGUUUAUAUCAUGUCUUGUAAUGGCAUUGUCAUCCGCUGUACUCGGAAUCUAUUUCUACAUUCAGACAGUAAAUCACGAGCUGGCUGAAAAGAUUUCGUUUAUCCCCUUGAUCAUCGUGUGCGUAUUCAUAAUCGUGUUUUCGCUCGGUCUUGGGCCAAUACCGUGGGUGAUACUCGCUGAAAUCUUCCCUUCAAACAUCAAAGGGAUAGCAUCGUCGAUUUCAUGUCUGACAAACUGGAUGUUCGCGUUUAUUGUAAUCCUGUCGUUCCAGUCAGUCAAGGUGGCCAUUGGUGAAGAUUGGACUUUUUGGAUUUUUUCCUCCAUCAUGAUCCUCGGCUGCAUCUUUGUCAUUUUCGUAAUUCCAGAAACAAAAGGAAAAAGUAUAGAUGUGGUUCAGAAGGAACUCGGUGGCGCUGAUAUUUCUACGAACCACUCACAGAACAACAGAACGGAUUCUGGAAGGAGAAAAUUCUAAA